AUGGGCACAAUGACCACGGCCACACGAAAAGGUAAACGUGCUGCGGAACAGGACGCGACAAAGCCGAAGAAGCGCCGGAGCGAUCAGAUUGGCAAAGAGACGAUCGAUGCAAAGAAGCAAGGCGACCAAAAGCCGAAGUAUCGCCAAGCAAAGGAAGCCGAUGAAGUUGUCGAAGUUCUUUGCUUUAGCUGCAGAAGAGCGAAGGACAAUCGGAUUCAGAAGAGUAUGACCUCCUUCUUGAAGAAGGUGCCAGAGAAAGGCGAAGCGGAGGUCAUUGAUUUGGAUGCAGAUGAGCCAACUGACCCUUCCAUUUGUGCUCGUUGUCGACGGCCGCUGUGGAAGAAGAAUCCCGAGCUGAAGCCUACGCCCGACGCUUUGCGUGGCUCCGGUGAGCUUCCCCAGCUGCAGCGCUUGAGGGCUUAUCGUCGCACCGCCGAGAGGCAAGGGGUUCCCUUCACCAUUUCAGAGAAGACGGCUUGUGCCAUGAUGAGGAGCCCAUGCAUCGCCUGUGGCGCCGCGGCGCCGCUGCGAGGCCACGGCCUCACGCGGCUACGGCGCGUGGCUGCGCUCCCAGGCGCGCGGAAAGGCUUCAUGGGGCCCUACUCAGAGGAGAAUCUGGCACCAGCUUGCACCAUGUGCAACAUGAUGAAAGGCUACCGAAGACUCCGUGCCUUUGUGGAAUGCUGCCGACACAUUGCGACGAAGCACACAGAAGGAGAAGACUUUGGCGAGUACCCUCACCGCUUUCGAGACAAUGUCUCCAAACGUUCCCGCUCCUGCUACAUCUCGCAAUCCAGCACACACACGAAGACACACUCUUUGACGAACGAGCAGUUCAAUGCCAUUGUGGCUCAGCGAUGUUUCUACUGCCACAAGGAGCCCCGCAAGCCGAAGAGCUACGGGCCAGAGGACCGUGGGCACUUCAAUGGGCUGGAUCGGCUGGAUUCCAAGAAUCGGGUUUACAUGGCAGAAACUUCAGUGGCUGCUUGUGGUGACUGCAACAUCAUGAAGUACAGAUGGGACCUCGAGGAGUUCUUGCAGCACUGCCGGGAGGUGGCGCGCUUCCAUCAUGGCAAGGACAGACUCGACUCGACUACCUCCAAUUUUCGCCGCAGCACUGUCACUCGCGACUUCAGAAUAUGA